AUGUGUACCCACCGUGGACCUCUUCAGGAAGUUGACAAUGAUCUAGAGAGUCAGAUCAAUCACAAGUACUACGAGGCCCAGGUGUACAAACAAUCGCCUCGUUACUGGUUUGCCCUCGAAGAUAAUAGGAUCCCUAUCAUCCGAAACCCACUGUGGAAAAAUCGCGAUCUAUUUUUUCUCCGCAAAUCACUUAUGUCGCUCUUCGCCGACUGGGAAGAGCUUGUCCCAGAUAUACCAUGUCCGAUAAAGCUCACCAUAGAGGAUGUUGAGCUGCAUUCUAUGGAAGAGGAGAAUAUCAAUGGUGUCCGGAAAUUACUGACAUUGUUUCGAGAUGAAGCCCUGCUCCCGGUGGAUGGCAUGAUCGAGCCCAAAGACUAUGAUACAGCCCAGAAGAACAGCCGGAAAUUCUAA